AAGGUAGAGCGAGCGUGCCGGGCGAGCCCGGAGACUUGCCUUGCAAUGCCAUGUUUGUGUGUGUGCUCUAACUCCCGGAGAGCAAUCAGGGAGACGGCUCCCCGGCCAGACUUGGCUGAUGUUUUCUUGUUUCUGUUUCAGCCUUCAGGAUAAUUCCUUCAGCAGCACCACUGUAACAGAGUGUGACGAAGAUCCAGUCUCUCUACAUGAAGACCAGACUGAUUGCUCCAGUCUCAGAGAUCCUGACAAUAAAGAGGAACUACCCCGACGCAGGGGGCCUCUGGUAGAGGAGCACGCGCCACCUUGGGAGCUGCAGCAGCAGAAUGUAGAGCAGACUGUUUGCUGGGCCGCGUGGCUCCUCUACGCGAGACCCAAGAAAGAAGCCCCAAUGUGGAUAAAGCAAGUAACUCUUCAUAAAAAAAAAGUUCCCGGUGAAGAAGAGCCCAAAGUACCAUCUUCAAAAGCACGAGAACGCGGGAGGGGGAGCAACGAGAGAACAGUCAGCUACAAGUCUUACCUGAUGCUUGUUGCCAUCAUCAAAACACUGAGUUCUAACGAGUGUGCUAUGGGAUCAUCAUUCCCCAAAAUCCCUUAUAUGGGCACAACCUUUAUGAAUUUAAAAACAACCCUCUUUGAAACUGAAGAGCAUCAUCAUAGAUGUUGUGCUACUGACAUUUCGGGGUUCUUUUUUUCACAAAGUUUGGAUAUAAGCAGCCAGCCAGAACAUUGUGGCUUUGAAAACUGCUGCUCUAGACUGAGGAUACUGUCACAGGAGACAGAGCAUGUGGUAUCCAGCCAGUCAGAGGGUCAGGUGAGAGCAGGAACACCAGCUCAUGAGAGUCCACAAAACAAUGCCUUCAGGUGCCAAGAAACAGUGCAACUUCAACCAAGAAUAGACCAGAGGACUGUCAUUUGGCCAAAGGAUGCUUUUGAAACUCGGCAGGACUUAAAUGAGGAUGAAGCUGCUCAGGUGCAUGGAGUCAAGGACCCAGUGCCAGCAUCGACCCAGAGUGUGCUUGCCGAUGGGACAGAUUCUGCAGACCCAUCACCAGUCCAUAAAGAUGGGCAGAAUGAGGCCGACAGUGCACCAGAAGACCUCCAGUCUGUGGGGACCAGCAGGCUGCUCUAUCACAUCACCGACGGUGACAACCCACUGCUGUCACCACGAUGCUCCAUCUUCAGCCAAAGUCAGAGAUUCAACUUAGACCCCGAGUCAGCCCCAUCUCCACCCAGCACUCAGCAGUUUAUGAUGCCGCGGAGUUCUUCACGCUGCAGCUGUGGAGAUGGCAAGGAGCCACAGACCAUCACCCAGCUCACCAAGCACAUCCAGAGCCUCAAGCGGAAAAUUCGGAAAUUUGAAGAAAAAUUUGAACAAGAAAAGAAAUACCGGCCUUCUCAUGGUGACAAGACUUCUAAUCCUGAAGUCCUGAAAUGGAUGAAUGAUUUGGCUAAAGGUCGUAAACAGCUCAAAGCAUUUCUCUUAGAACUAAAGCUAAAGCUGUCAGAAGAACAAGGGAGUGCUCCUAAAGGUCAACCUAGAAACCUGUCCUGUGAGCAACCGACAGUCCCCAGAGAAAAUGGGAAGCCGGAAGCUGCGGGCCUGGAGCCAAGCUCCUCUGGAGAAGAGACUCCAGAUGCUGUUUUGACAUGCCUGAAGGAGAAAAGAGAGCAACUUCCUCCCCAGGAGGAUUCUAAGGUAACUAAGCAAGACAAGAACCUCAUAAAGCCGCUUUAUGACCGAUACAGAAUUAUCAAGCAAAUCUUGUCAACGCCUUCCCUUAUUCCAACAAUUCAGGAGGAAGAGGACUCUGAUGAAGACCAUCCACAGGGAAGCCAACAACCUUCUUUGCCAGAUCCAGCAUCUCACCUUCCUGUUGGUGACCACCUCACCUACUCUAAUGAGACUGAGCCUGUUAGGGCCCUUCUACCAGAUGAAAAGAAAGAAGUAAAACCACCAGCUCUCUCCAUGUCUAAUUUACAUGAGGCUACCAUGCCUGUACUUCUUGACCAUCUCCGAGAAACUAGGGCUGACAAGAAGAGACUGCGGAAAGCCUUAAGAGAAUUUGAAGAACAGUUUUUUAAACAAACAGGAAGAAGUCCACAAAAGGAAGAUAGGAUACCAAUGGCAGAUGAGUACUACGAAUAUAAGCACAUAAAAGCCAAACUGAGACUAUUAGAGGUCCUCAUCAGCAAGCAAGAUGUGGCCAAAACUAUUUGAGGUUCAAGAAAUGUUAUGAUCACUUUCACCCAUGAUAUAAAGUAAAGUUUAUUUUCCUCUGCCAUCCUUGCUAAGUAGUUUUGACACAAUGAAAAUGCAAGCACUUUAGUGGUAGUAUUAGCUGUUUUCAAGAAGGAAUAGCAAGUUUAAUUAUAUACAAGGAGAAGGGAUUUAAAUGGGGGGAAGGAUACAACAGGUAGCCUUAUAAUUGGGAAAAAAUUCAGUGUCCUCCAUGCCAAGCAGAAAACUCAUAGUCAAUACAAGUAUUUUAAAAAAUGUCUAAUCUUUUAUCAAAUCUAAAUAACAUAGCUAGGAUGCUUGUUAGGGAAAGUUUAUUUAGUAUCUAAAGAUUGUUUAUGUUGAUGUAUGGAAAAGAGCAUGAUUUUUAAAAAUCAAUCAGAGGAGGAAAAGAAAUUCUGCUUUUCAAGUAGGAAGGAAUGUACCUAGCAAGAAAGUAAUUUAUUUGAAACUUCUAAUGGAUUUUUGAGAGAUAAAACAUUUACUACCUUGUCCCUUAAGUCUGCUAGGCUCUCAGUACCCUAAAAUAACCUAGAUUGUGUUACUGCUAUUUUUUUUAUUUCUCUAUAAAAAUAACACAUUAUUUUAUCUGUUAUUUGAAAUUUUACAUUUCUGGUUACCAAAGUUCAUUCUGAUAGCAUGUACUUUGUGAAUUAUUAUCUUUGUCUAUAACUGACAGAUGUUUAUAUUAAAAUAAAAUAUUGUAUUAAAAAUUUAAAAUAGGUAUUUUGGAUAGAUAUGUGUCUGCAGUAUAUAAUCUAAUAUGUCCAUAGUAUUAUUGCUAAUCUUUUUGUUUACUAUAAGAUGAUAUAACUAUUUUUUCAUUGGGAAUAUACAUUUUUCUUAAUGUUCCAACAUCUAUACUUUGUAAAGUCAAAACAUUUCCCAUGAGCUGUAGUUAUUCUUCCUUCUGUACAAAAUGAAAGGUUUGGAAAUUGCCCUGAUACCUUGAAAAAGAAGCCAGAAUAUUUAUUUGCUUCAUCAACUUUAGUGUAUAUCAUUUUGUGUUAUUUUAUACUAAAACAUGUUUAUUAUUUUCAUUUUUGUAAAAGAAAGUAAAAGGUCAACAUUUUCUCUCAUAUACCAACCUUGUUUGUAUUUCUAUUUUCUGUAACGUUUAAGUAUGAUGUUGAAGAAAUUCACAUUUUCUUAUAGUUUGGAUGGGAAGACUAUUGACUAUUUCAGAAACAGACUAUUUCAGAGGCUUAUUGUUUUCUCUGUAUUCACCUAAUAUUUUAUAACUUUUAUGAAUCAGAAUAAUGUCCUUCAUACAUUUGUUUAAUUGAAGUCAUCUACUUGUAACAGGACAGAUACACAACUAUUUGAGGUUUACAAAUUACAUCUUUGAUAAGGGAAAUGGUUUCGUGACAUGUACACAAUUGCUAUUAAAAUGUAACUCUAUAUAUUCUAUAUGAUUGUAAAUAUUUUAUACAACAAUACAAAUAAAAUAUUUUUCUAUUAUAUUUA